AUGUUCACUGUAAAUUUCAACCUGACGCAUUUGAAUGUUCAAAGCCUGACCGAUUUAUUGAAAGACGCCGGUCCGCAUCCGAUAGAAGAUGUAUUGCCUGAAAAUGCAGCAUGCCACCUGCAAGCAGAUUUUGGAGAUUGUCAAGAUUAUAUUCCGAUGUUCUACUACGAUAUAUCGGCUAGGAGAUGCUUGGGUUUUGCGUUUAGCGGCUGCGGAGGCAACCAGAACCGAUUCUACAAUGAUAAAACAUGUGCAGCAGUGUGCAAUGAAGCCAUUGAAAACACUGCCAAUUAA